AGCGCGGCUUCCCGGGCCAGCGGCGCGAUGGGCUGCGGGAACUCCACCGCUACCAGCUCGGGCGCGGGCCGAGGCCCCGCGGGAGCAGCUAAAGAUGUAGCAGAAGAAUCGAUAACAGAAGAUGACAAGAGGAGAAACUAUGGAGGAGUAUAUGUUGGCCUUCCAUCUGAAGCUGUCAGUAUGGUGUCCAAUCAAACCAAGACUGUACGAAAAAAUUAGAGGAAAAUAACAUCCUGACUCAAUAAUCAAGAGCUUKCUCAUCAAUUUGGAAGGAGUUAGGCCCCAGGGACAUUUCAACGUGCACAGACAUUCCCAAGGAAAUUCUAAAGUCACCCCCUCCCCAAUCCUAAGUGAAAGAAAGCAUGGGCGCAGUUCACAGUGACAGCAGAGGGAUCCGGUCAGGCAGUGUGCUUUUUAUGGACUCUGUGGCUCGCCCAGGAAGACAAGCACAGACUGUCUGGAGGCCAUUGUCCAGCCUGGGCUGUCGUGCUCCAGCACUGUCACUGGCCACUCAGCUUGUGGAUGUCAUGUCUUUUCUCUGAUACUUUUUGGAUAAUUUUUAUAUAACAAAAUCCUUAUUCUAUUUAUAACUUUAGAUAAUAAGGCAUUAUAAAUGCAUUACCUAAAGUAAAAUAUUUGGCCUCUUAUCUUUCAC